AUGUGGCGACUACGACGAGGCUGGGCUCGGUGGAGGGUGCCCAAGGCGUACUAUUCCUCGGUCGUGCCGGCAAGCUCGCCGCCACAACUCGCCCUGCUAUCGCGUCUCGACGCCCAUAAUCGACUAUUCCAGCUCCUCAGCUUCAACCCCAUCUCCAUCGACCCCCAGCUCUAUAUUCAAUGUUUUGAGCAAGCGCGAGACUCUGACGACAAAACCCGGCGGCUUUUGUACCAGCGGUUAUUAUUUCACCAGCGCUAUGCCGAUUGCUGGCAGGUAUUUUUUGAUCACUAUACUGAUCUCACCGAUGUCGAUGAUUUUGUGGAAAUGGCAUUUACCUAUUUAAAAAACCAGGACAACCACGCCUACGGCUGGUUUUACUUUGUGAUGGCUGCCCAGGACGGGUUUCCCGAGCGGUUUCUGGAGGUGGUAAUGGACACGGCCAUGAGCUACAGUAAAGAGGCCGAUGCAUUCCGACAGGCACAGGUGGUACACCAGAACCUUGGUCACGUCUCUCUGAUGAUGGACUUGCUUCGCUGGAAGGAUCACUCGCUCAGCAACAGCGCCCACAGGUGGGUCGUGCUGGUGUAUUUGCGGAAUCUUCUCAACAUGGCCCCUCCCCAGUUUAACGUGGGUCAAGUGAUCAGUGAAUACCCCCACAUCACUCACUACCCAGGGUGGUUGAGUCACUUAUCUUUGGAAAAUCACUUGAUUGAUGGGUAUGAUUUUGACGCCAAUGUUCAGAUGAACACUAACGACAUUCUCAAGGCAAUGCCCAUCGUUGACCCUGGCACGCUUUGGAAAGUGUAUCGACGCGUGGAUCAGCCGGAUAAGCUGAUUGUCUCCCAACUUGUACAGAAAAUGGUCAACUCUGAAGGCAAUCCCGUCGACAUUGAACACUUGAUAGAGUCAAACGAACUCACUCUUGAUACCCUUGACGCCGACCACAUCAGUAAGUUACUUACUAAAGUAACCCUGGACAAACUAGCCAAACAACUUGUGGCCAAAACCUCAUUGAUGGCUGAUGGCGAAGCCAAAAUCUGUCAAUUCAUCACUGUGUCGCCUUUGCUCACUCAGAAACUGGGGAUAGCGAUUCUAGGGGACAUCCUCAAGCUGUCAAUUCACCAUGACAACGUGUUUGAAGCGAUAGAUGCUCGUGACGAUGCCCCGGCGAUCUAUCGUGGUCUUGCUCACCUCGACGACUUGAAGCCGUCGGUGUUGCUUGCAGCGCUAAGGCAUGGUUUGGACCACCAUGGGUUGGUGGAGGAGCAAUUUCUUGUACCUAUCUUUGAAAAGUAUCUCAAACUGCAAUUUAAUCCGGUGGAGAUAUACAAGAAGCCGUAUAGGCUCACGGUGAUUGCUACAAACGAGGUGGACUUUCAAAAACACUGGCUCUACGCCCUGCCUCAAGAUCGUGCGGCAUUCAAGCGAGCCCUCAGCAAGCUUGGCGGCGCUCUUUCCGUACUUUGCCCGCAGCCGCGCCUAUUUUGUCAAGCGAUGGAAGUAUUAUUUGCUUACGUGUACCUGGACCGGUUUGGGUGGCUUUCGGAAAUGCAGUUCGGGAAGCGCUACGUUUAUCAAAACCUCUGCCACCAUAUUGGUCUCCGAGUCGAGCAAAUGUCGAGAGGCUUAUACAUUAUGCGCGACAUUCUUGCUGAGUACAAGCUUCCCAGCCGGGUAUUUGCUGGGGCUGCACUCCGGAUGAUGAGUCAGCGCACUGUCAAAGCUCUGGUUGCAUUAGCCGCUGACUCAACCAUCCCGCUUUAUCAUAUUCAGGAGAUUUUGAUGGGGCUCAUCACCCUGCCCCAGCUCAGUGUGCCUGAACGGCUCAAAUGGGUGGAGGCGGUGGUUGCGAAGGUCGAGGCUCGCCACCCCGGGUUUAAAAUGCAUACGCGGGUAGUGUACCGCUUGGUGAGCGAGAUUAAGCGUUACCAGCAGCAGCAGGGGUUCAACGGGGCGUCAAAACUGGACUUGGCGUGGUUGAGUCAGGCGACACCAGCAAAACGGGCGUUGGGUCGGACGCUCAAGCUCAUGCAGCGUCAGGAUAAAUUAUAG